AUGAUUGAACAUGGAGGAAGCUUUUCCUUGGAUUACCGGAGCAUUAGAGAGGCCGCUUGCAACGCCGGCGCCGGAGCCACCGCGGGGGCAAUCGCGGCAACUUUCGUUUGCCCAUUAGAUGUGAUCAAAACAAGGUUACAGGUUAUUGGUCUCCCGGAAACCCCAGCUUCGGGUCAAAGAGGUAGUGUAAUCAUUACAAGCCUACAGAAUAUUGUAAAGAAUGAAGGUUUUAGGGGAAUGUAUCGAGGGCUUUCACCAACAAUCAUAGCUCUCCUCCCAAAUUGGGCUGUGUACUUCUCAGUGUAUGGAAAGCUAAAGGAUGUACUGCAGUCAAGUGAUGGCAAGCUUGGUAUUGGGGCAAACAUGGUAGCUGCUGCUGGUGCUGGAGCUGCCACAUCUAUUGCAACUAAUCCACUUUGGGUUGUCAAGACAAGAUUAAUGACACAAGGAAUUAGGCCGGAUGUGAUACCUUACAAAAGUGUAAUGUCUGCAUUUAGUAGAAUUUGUCAAGAAGAAGGAUUCCGAGGGCUGUACAGUGGCAUAUUGCCUUCUUUGGCGGGAAUAAGCCAUGUCGCGAUCCAGUUUCCGGCAUAUGAAAAAAUCAAGCAAUACAUGGCAAACAUGGAUAAUACAUCUGUCGAGAAUCUGAGUACUGGGAAUGUUGCUAUUGCGUCCUCAAUUGCGAAAGUAAUUAGAGCUAAGCUUCAAGAACAAGGGCAAAUGAGAAACGCUGAGACUAAGUAUGCGGGAGUCGUUGAUUGCAUCAAGAAGGUGUUUAAAAGCGAAGGGGUUCCUGGAUUAUACCGUGGAUGUGCUACUAAUCUACUAAGGACAACUCCAUCAGCGGUUAUUACAUUUACAACCUAUGAGAUGAUGCUUAGAUUUUUCCGACAAGUUGUGCCACCAGAGACUAAUAUUUCGGAGGAUCACAAAAGAGAAGAAGAAAGAAAGWGUUUAGUUAGUSGGCGAGGAGACGAAGAAGAAGAGAAAGAUUUGGGUUUGAGAGAAUCACAAACUCAGUCUAAUAAGAUCAAUACUUCCCCUAUCCCUCUUGGAAGCAAAUAA